AUACCUACUACUACUAUAGGCAGUGCAAUAAUGUCAGUUCUCUUCGGUUCUCUUUUGUAUCGGUGAUAAUUCGUGAUUCUUUUAAACAGGCUCUUCGUUUUGUAAUUAAUUCACCAGUUCAUCAAACUGUUGUAAAGGAAAAUGAAACCUUUGAUGUUACACGGGCACGAGCGUGCCAUAACGCAAAUAAAAUACAACAGAGAGGGUGACUUACUGUUUUCCUCUAGUAAAGACAAGAGACCGAACGUUUGGUAUUCCUUAAAUGGAGAACGUCUCGGAAGUUUUAAUGGGCACAAUGGUUCAGUGUGGUGCAUAGACGUCAAUUGGGACACAACGAGAUUUUUGUCGGGAAGUGGUGACAAUUCUUUGAGGGUUUGGGAUUGUCAAACAGGAAAAGAAAUAGGUUUACUCCAUACAAACAGUUCUGUAAGAACAUGUGGCUUCAGUUAUUCCACAAAUCUGGCAGUUUAUUCUACGGACAAGGCAUUAGGACACCAGUGUGAAAUGUUUAUUAUGGACAUUAGAAAUGUGGAUGCAGUAUUAUCACAAGAAGAUGCGAUUUCUAGAAUCGCCGUUAAUGGUCCUAGGAUCUCGGCAAUCUUGUGGGGCGCUUUGGAUGAAACGAUAAUUACUGGCCACGAGGAUGGUGAAAUUACCAUUUGGGAUGUCAGGACUGCGAAAAAAUUGCAGAGCGUUAAAUGUCACAAAUCACAGAUAAACGACAUGCAAUUCAACAAGGAUGGCACCAUGUUUGUUACAGCAUCGAAAGAUAACACUGCCAAAUUAUUCGACAGUGAGUCCUUAAUGUUGUUGAAAACAUAUAAAACAGAGAGGCCUGUGAAUUCCGCUACGAUUUCUCCUAUCUUCGAUCAUGUGGUUCUCGGAGGAGGUCAAGAUGCCAUGGAUGUCACAACAACGUCUACUAGACAAGGCAAAUUCGACUCGCGAUUUUUCCACAUGGUAUUCGAAGAAGAAUUUGCACGUUUAAAAGGGCAUUUCGGUCCAAUCAACUCUCUUGCAUUUCAUCCUAACGGUCGCAGCUUGUCGACGGGCGGUGAAGACGGUUACAUUCGUAUCAAUACGUUUGAUCAAUCUUAUUUCGACUUCCACUUUGAAUACUAACUUUAGGAGAAAGGAAACCAUCGUGUAUCAAUCGAUAAUAAAAGAUAUAAAUUUUU